CAAGGCUUGAAGCGGGAACUUUACAAACCAAGUUUUUCUUGAGAAGUGAUUUCCUGCAACGGCUGUCAACACUUGAAAGCAGAAGUGAGAUUGUCCGGUAAUAAUUCCAGGUGUUGUACGGUCGGAGGCAAACAUCCGACCAAUCGUCAACAGUUGGCUUUAUUUAGCAAGGAAUUCUAUUGCGUGCGCUAAAUGACACUUGGCAUGUUUCUAUUCAAGAUCGGCGCCAAUCGUUGUAAACACAACCAGUCGUACAAAUUUGCACAUGAGUGCAGAAGUAGAGAUGCGUGAUCUAGAGCGUUAUCCGAUGCUCUUAAAUCGUUCAUUUUUUAGUUGAGUUAUGACCGAAGAUUCUGAGGAAAGAGACACUGAGUUAUUAGAGAAAUCUGAAAAGACUGUCAAAUGUGUAGAAUGUUCAGAGUUGAUAUCAGACAAAUAUGUUCUCAGAAUUAAAGAUGACUUUUGGCAUCCAACAUGCCUGAAAUGUGCAGUAUGUCAACAGGAAUUAGGUACAAAGACAUCAUGCUAUAUGAAAGCUGGUAAAAUAUUUUGUAAAGAUGACUAUACAAGGCAGUUUCGUGUCAAAUAUUCUGUUAAAUGCUCUUGCUGUCAGCGGGCUAUUCAGGAGACAGAUUGGGUAAGGAAAGCCAAGCAACAUGUUUAUCAUUUGGCAUGCUUUGCAUGUGAAGUUUGUAAAAGACAGCUAUCAACUGGAGAAGAAUUUGCACUGAUUGACCAUAAACUUUUAUGCAAAUUGCAUUACAUAGAAAAACUAGAAUCCCCACUAACACCUGGAUCUAAUAACAUUGGGUCUAUGGUUUUGAAUUCAUCCGGCAAUGAAAGUGAUAUUAGCUCACACAGCUCCACAGUUAGAGAGUCUAUCAUUGCAGAAGAUGAGGAAGAGAAAGCCAAGAGAAAGGCAAACGAGAAGUUUGGUCUAGGAAGAUCAAAACGAGUAAGGACUUCUUUCACUGACGAACAGGUGCAAAUUUUACAAGCGAACUUUGAAAUUGAUCCGAACCCGGAUGCAGCUGAGUUGGAACGAGUUUCGCAGCUCACCGGCCUAUCAAAAAGAGUGACGCAGGUUUGGUUCCAGAAUUCCAGGGCUCGGCAAAAGAAACAAGGUAAUUACGGAAGACUGGUUGCUUCCAGUCCAUCUGGGAACACUUGAAGAAUGGGUCGAUAUAUGGGGACGGGACAGUUGACGGUUUUAUUUGGAUCUAGACAAGUGCAUGGUAUAAAAUACGAUAUUUGCCUGUGCAGGACAGUUUAAGUUGCAAUUGCAGCAUGAGCAAUUCAUUCGAUGAAGGUAAUUUCAUCCAUUUCUGACUGUACAAAGACAUGAUUUUGCUAAGAACGUGUUGUGUAUUCCCACGUAGAUGGGUUGAAAACCCUUAGCUUGAAUUAACCGACUUGAUUUGUAAUUCGCGUUCCAAGAAGCGCUCGAUUAUUUAGACCAUGGAAUGUGCAUGUUUUUUCUAAUUGACGUUUUGUCAUACAAAGAUAUGCUAUGAUGGGUUUCUGCUUUGGAUCCGCUGGAAAUCAGUAGACUAGGUAUGGACAUUUACAGAGUCAAAACUCACACAAUGUUUAGAUGUCUAAGUACAAUAAAUUUUAUGUCAUAACUCUUUUCUUAGAAUAAAGCAUACAUUGUAAUUAAGUUUGAUCAAAUGCAGGCGCUGCUUCAAGAAAAUUACUAGCUUAUUCUUGCUGCAUAUGAUACAUGAGAUGAACCCUAACACACCCCCCCCCCUAAUCCAUCCCCCAACCGACUCCUGCAAACGGCAAAGCAUUUGUCUUCAGGCAAUAUUUUCAUCGAAUUGCUGCCAUAUUUGCAGUGAUUACAAACCACUAAUUUUUAUGACUAUUUGUAUGUGAAUAAAGUCACCGUAUCCGAAAUCCAGUUUCCUUAUCAUUUACAAAACCUCAGUUUCCUGAUAUAUUCCCGUACAAUUUCAUGUUUUCUUCAUGUUUAAUCCCAGAUGUGUGAACUCUAAUUUUUGAAACAAAGUUUAUACACCUCAUAUUUUAAGCUAGGAUAAAAAUUGUGUGCCGCAGACUCCGUGUCUGAUUUUGAGAUAAUUUAAGACGCCCCUUUAUCGAUCGCGAAAGAUCGUUAUCUGCAUAUGAAGCAACCUUCUGCAACGACUUUGAGGAACGCUUGAUAUGGAUUGCAGCUCAUCGUUGUAAUUUAUGAACCGCAAUUGUUAAAAAAGCAGAUAAAAUAACUAUCAUUAAAUGAGACAUUUAUUGAGAGAGAAAGUA